GUCCCAUCCAAAGCUUCUAAAUUCAUAUUAUUACGCAUCCAUCAGAUAGCCCCUUUGCCACCGUCCCAUACUUUUCGCGUUGGCUUGCUAUUUCGGAAAGUCAUGUUUCCGGUCCUCUUGCUAAGUCAGGUUGCGCCUUCCGUUCCUCGUUCACCGUGUAUCGCCCUCUCUUCAACCAGGUCCACCGCCACAUUCAACCACUCGCCGGCAAAGCACGAUUACCACUCUGCGCCAUCUUGGCAAUCCUCAAAUUUUUCAUCUUCUUGCGUUGCAUUGAUACGGCAUCCUUGCCUUUGUAUUGAUUUCAUCGCAAUCACCAUCGCUUCCACUGCAACCACCAUUAGUACCUGCCACAGGACCAUCGCUCUCGCUAACAGUCGCGACCAAAUUCCCACCACCGACACUUGCGUGCAACGACUCUCAGUACCCAUUGCAUGUACUUCUUCAACCAAGACCAUCGCAUGCACCGCCAGAAGCCAUGGCUGAGGGUGAUACACCACAAGGCCAAUCGAGCAUCCGCCCCAUGGCUGCAGUCAACCGAUUGCCUGGGAAAUAUGUUAAGGCCACUGUACCGGACACCCCUGAGGUGCCCAAGACUGCUCAUGCCUCGCCUAUUCCUAACAAGACAGGCAGUCCGUCGAAUCCGGCAAAUGGAAGUGACGAGAACACUAGGCGACGCGAGGCACCUAGUGAUAGGCAGCAGAGAACGUUGACCCGUUCAGCCAGUUCGCAGCAGUGCGCCCCAAUCGAUGCGCAACGAACCAUAACCACCAUUGAUGGAUUGCACCAUGCGCCAACCGGUCCGCAAUUGCCUGCGCUAAGCACGGCGCAGGCAAGACAAGGGGGUGAGUAUUGGCGGCACAGGGAUGAAUAUGAAAGGGACAUAGGUGAUACACAAAGCAACUGGGAAGAGUUCAAAGCCAAGUUCGACUUCGGCCUGGUAUUUGAGCAACUUCAAGGCCACGAGAAACAACGCUACGCGAAAUUGCUACUCCAGGCAGACGAAAAGAAGAGACUGGUGGCGCUUGAGGAAGAUACUGUUGAGGCACUGCUGUCCACAGCUGCGAAAACCUUGGACAAUCACAAUGGCAACCCCUUCUCGAACAGCAAACAUACACCUUGCAGUCCCACCCGCAAGGCUCCUGGCUUCGCCGAUCUUGAUACGUCACCUUCUCAAUCCAUGACACCACGCGCUAGAGGACGACCAAGAAAACAUCCACCUAAGUUGAUGGGCGACGAGAAGACUGUCACAAUGGGUGUCAACGAAUUCAAGCGGUAUCGUGAAUACUACCGACCUGAAUAUAAGAAGAAGGAGGACGUCCAAACAGCCUUCGUUUACAAGGCCAGGGUAUUCGGAACGGAAACCAAGGUCUUCUCCACGUUGCUCGACGAUCCAAUGUACAUGGGUUACCUUCCUGGAGAAUACAUCCUGCGAUAUAUUGGUCGCGAUGAUAUAGGCGAUGAUGAGAAUAAUGUGCAGCAGCUGCAUCGCCGUGGCGUGGCGAUCACACGGUCAGGCCAGCUGGUAGCCUACGUACUUGGCGAAGGUACCGUCCCAUUCACCAAGGAACAGUGCUACGGUCGGUUUGAGGAAGUGUUUCCAGCUAUCGUCAAUCUAAUUGUAGCCUUUCUCGGCUUCAACCCUGAGGACCCCGAACAGAUGGAGCCCACACUGAAGAGCUUCUGGGCAAAACCUAAGACCGAGUUGGCAAAGGUCGAUAUUUCCUAUCUCGAGGAAAUGUGGCGGGACAGGUUUAAGAAUACAGGUCGACCGAACUUCAUGGCGACACAAUAUCUCGAGUCCAGAUCCAAACUUUGGGAAGCAGCUUGGCUUUUGUGUGAACUGCAACGACAGAAGGUAGAGCUGAAACCGGGCUGGAGCGAUUUGGAGGGGUUUCUCAAAUUCAUGUCAGGUGGGGUUGACAUGGCAAAACUGGCCACUUAUUACACGGGUGUAUGGCUUCGAGACGAAGCUAUUCGUUGUAUCCAGGAAGGCUAUCCCGACGAGGUGCUUAUCUACGAUCCUCGUAAGCAAGCUGGAAAAAUUAAGAAUUCACACGAGUUUUAUAGAGGGGUAUUGGUUUUCCCCCAACCAGCACCCUUCGACACCACACGACUUAAAGAGCUGCGCGAAGCAGCCAUUCGUGUAGUCACACAUCAGCCCAUCCUCGACGACUUAAUCUUACAAAACCGUGCCGAACGUGCAGAGCGCGAAGAAGCUGCCAGGGAGGCCGCGCUGUGGAACAACUACCCGUGGAGCAACUUGCCUGUUCCUGCAGACCGAGCGUCGGGGGAUCAGGUCCCAUAUACGAAUCAACAGUUGGCAUCGGCUCGGCAGCAAUUGACUCAACAGCAACCACAGCAACCGGCCCAGCAGCAAUCCGUUGAGCAACAAUUAUUUCAGAAGGAAUUGGGUCAGCUGGCUCGGCAACAUCUGGCCCGGGACAAAUUGGCUCGGCAGCAAUUGGCUGAGCGAUCACGGCAAAGGAACACGUCCAGUGACCACCACCAGCAGGUUGGUCCAGCUCAGAGAUCACAAGGGGCAUCGUCCAAUGUCCGGAAGCCAGCCAUCUCCACCUCGUCAAAUCAGCAAGUCGUUGCGACUCCGACAGAGCAAAAGGUCACUUCUGCUGGAGCUCAGAAGCAAACCAGUCUGAUUAUACCAGAGGAGCAGCCCUCAAAGCGAAAAAGAGGACGGCCGCCAAAGGACCCUUCGCAGCCAACACGGAAGAGGGCUAAGCCAGCAAAGGCUGCCGACGCGACAAAGACAAUCGAGGACAGCAUCGAGGUUGCUUCUGAUUCUGUGUCUGCCGCCCUGUCUUCACCACUUCCUACAAAAACGGAUAAUUAAUCAAACACGCCGUUUACUUUAAAGACUAUGGCGAGCUCCAUUUACUGCCUCUUUAAGAGGCUUUCGAUUUCGCCCUGUCCUGCCACCAACGCCGUAUCAUGCGGCAGAGCCGCUACAGCUACCACGGCACGACUGGGCCUUGGUGUGGCACAAUCUCGA